AUGGGUGCUUCUGUUUCGGUUCCCGAGAGAUCCGUCCAUCAAUUCACCGUAAAGGAUAGCUCCGGCAAGGACGUGAAUUUGAGCAUUUACCAAGGGAAAGUCCUCCUCGUCGUCAAUGUCGCUUCCAAAUGCGGUUUCACCGAAACCAAUUAUUCCCAGCUCACCGAACUUUACCAGAAAUACAAGGACCAAGGGUUUGAGAUAUUGGCAUUCCCUUGCAACCAGUUUCUUUACCAGGAGCCCCGCUCCAGUCAAGAGGCUCAUGAAUUUGCUUGUACACGGUUUAAGGCGGAAUACCCUGUUUUCCAAAAGGAGGUACGCGUAAACGGUCAAAACGCAGCACCACUCUACAAGUUCCUCAAGGCAAGUAAACCCACUUUUCUGGGUUCCAGAAUUAAGUGGAACUUCACCAAGUUCUUGGUCGGCAAAGAUGGCCUAGUCAUUGAUCGUUACGGAACCAUGGUUACACCGCUAUCAAUCGAGAAAGACAUCAAAAAAGCGCUUGAAGAGGCUUGAAACAGCCCAUGUGAUUUUGCCUUUUUAUCUCAAGGCACAAAUAAAAUCGCGGUAACGUAAAUCGUAGAUUUUUUUUUUUAAAUCCAAAAACUGUUUUACAUGUUUGAGUUAUUUGAAUAGUAUAAAGGAGAUGAUGUUCAAUAGGAAAAGUGUAGUUUCUUUCUUGCCGUGUAGUUAUUACGAUAGUCGAGACAAGACCCUUCUCUCUCGUCGUAUGUGUUGUAAUCUAUUUGUUGGUUUUUUUUUUGUUUCUUUAAUAGAAUAUGGACAAAGUCUAAGAAUCCCUUUCUUUUGGAGAGCAGGUGCUUUGUUUCAUUGUAUUCUUUAACUUCCUAAGUAAUUGGACUCAGAAACGCUGGCAUUUUGUUCAGAAUUCAUAAGAAUGGCGGCAACGGUAAAUAAUAAUCUGUACAGAUUAGACAUGAUAAGUACUAAGUGCAAGGUGAGGAGGCCUCGAUAGAUGUUUUUGUUAUUGAC